AGCAGGGGCUGGGAGCUGUCUGGCUGGUGACAAGGGCAGAGAGAGAGAGAGAGAGAGAAGCAGGAGAUGGAGAGAGCAGGGUAUUCCUGCACGGUGCCGUUCUGCGUGGGUUUGAAGAAGACCUUCCACCGGAGAGAUCUGAAGGACCCUUGUUCGUGAUGCGUGACUUGUCUAAACCUUUGGCGUGAGAUGCACCUUCCUCUCUAGAAUGAAGCAUGAUUGUCUUGCGCGUUUGCUUUAUUGACAUCCCCGACUGGUUGACGCACCGAUCACCGGAGGCGUGAUGGAUAGACUCUGUGUGGGAACACUGGGAUCUCUCUCUGUGGACUCGCCGUAAACCUUUCUACCGAUCCAUGUGGCAUGUAGACUGACUCCCCAGGUUGACUCUUUAGUCUGUCAGCGUCUCCUCCACACGUCGUGGAGCAGGUUGGUGAAACAAUGUGCCUUGAUCUAAGGUUAACAGUUCUGCAUGUCUCCCAGAUGUAAUUUCACUCGUUGUCGUCCUUGAAGGAAUUUUCAAUCCUGUGCAUUGUCAUUUUUGCCUUCGCAUCUGCCUCUUGUUGAAUGUAGUCAAUGGAAUCGGGAGCAUGCUUUUCAUGCAGGUGUGGAGAGGUGGGCACAUGUCUGCAUGCUUAAAAUAGGUGGGAGAGGACCAGAGAACAGCAAUAUGAAGAGAAUGAAGUCUGAGACGAGACAUGAAGGUGUGAAAGAGCACAAAGGACAUUAGCUAAAAUUUUUCCAGACUCCAGGGAACCAGGUCACGGUUCGCUUCUUUUUGACAUACUUGCCUGAAUUGUCUCUUUCUGUGAGUUCUGUCAUUUCUUUCUUCUGUAGAAGACUAUUUGACUCGGCGGGUGUUUAUUUUCUGUCCUUGGUCUGUUGAGCAAUUCUGGACCACAUGAACCGAACCGGGACCUCACAGUCAAAAACCACCUACCUUAUCUCCCUCACGUUGGUGAAGGUAGAAACCACUGAGGAGAAUGAGUUGGAGAAGUCCAGGCCGGAUUUGGGGGGAGCGGUGUAUGAUUCUGAUGGAGCGAAACAUCUCAAGCAUGCGGGAUCCAAUGAGGGCCAGGAGUGCCAGAAGAUGGGUGAGGCUGUUGAGCUGGAAGCUGGAGAAUCUGUCAAAUUCUCAGUGGAACAGGAAAUACUCCAAAGCCCGAGGGAGGACAAGGCACUUUUUGCAGAUGGCGUUCAUCCCGGAGAUAGACAAAAAUCAAUAAUCUCACCCUCCACUGAGAAUGGAAGAGCUAGAGAAUCCACCGGAGUGCCCCAAACCUCUUUUCCCCGGGAUGUUGCCAGGCAUCUCGGUGACAUCCCAGUCCGUGCAACCCAGCGACCCGUCUCGCUCCUUAAAGCACACGGCGGAGGCCGUGAAUAUAAAGAGUCCAGAGAGAGCAUCCAUGCCUCCUCCAAGAGCCUUGACCGCAAGGACAGUCGGACCAGGAUCCAGUCCCCAACCAGCCCAACUCCUGGAUCUUUCCGGGCCUCGUGGGCCGUAAGCGAAGUUAAACCUUGCGAUGAAGAUCUCAAAGGAGGCGUUGGGAUAAAGAGGCCCACUGAAGGGGACAUCAUAGCCAUGCGAACCCAAAGCCCCCGGGCUGAGAGAUUAAAGGCAGGAUCUACAUCUCUUCCGACCCCUGUCGCCUUGAUUACCAAGCCUCAGCGCAAAGGAAAAAGUCGCACCCUGGACAACAGCGACCUGAACUGUCUGUCCGAGGACCUCCUGAAGUGCAAAGGUGGACAAAUGGUGGCAGACUAUAGAACAGCUCAGUCCCAGGGGGCUUCGGCACGUGACCGCAAGAUGCUGAGAUUUAUUAGUGGCAUUUUUACGAAGAGCACUCCAGUUGCAACCAGUGCCACGACCAUCGUGACUCCGGUCUAUAGCACCAUUCAGAGGGAAUCGAGUGAAGAGGAAGUGGGGUCUAAGACAAUAUCGGACUCCAUAUAUUUUUAUUGUCUGAAAAAAGAAGACAUCUUUUGUAUUCCACAGAAGAAAGAAAGUCUAACAGCAUCAUGUGCCAAUAGCCAGGAAUGGACCCUAACUCGUGCUAUUCCAGAACUGCGAUUGGGGGUUCUGGGUAGCCUUCGCAGUGGAAAAUCUGCUCUGGUAAACAGAUUCAUCACAGGAAGUUAUCUUCCACUUGAGUCACAUGAGGGGGGAAGAUAUAAAAAAGAGGUGUUGGUGGAGGGACAGAGUCAUUUAUUGCUGAUCCGAGAGGAAUCUGGCCCACCAAGUGCACAGAUCUGCAACUGGCUUGAUGGCGUUAUCCUAGUUUUUAGCCUGGAAAACGAAGCAAGUUUCCAGGAUGUGUAUAAGAACUACAGUGAGCUAAGCGCACAUCGUAACAUAGCAGAAAUCCCCAUUAUAGCGGUUGGAACGCAAGAUAAGAUUAGUAGCACUAACGCCCGUGUGAUUGAGGACAAGAGAGUCCAGCAGCUGUGUAUAGAUGUGCGUCGCUGCACUUAUUUUGAGACCUGUGCCACAUAUGGCCUCAAUGUGGACAGAGUAUUUAGUGAAAUGACUCACAAAAUUGUUGCUGCCAAGAAGCAAGCCGCCCUUCUGGCCUCCUGUAAAUCCCUACCAAACUCUCCGAGUCACUCAGGGGCCUCCACUCCAGUGUCAGGGCCCGGACAGGCCAGUAAUGGGGGUCAGAGUAGUGAUUACCCCUCUUUGCCUUCUACCCCUGUGAUAAGUCACAAAGACAUACGGGGUGGGGCAAGUGGAGACGGGGGCUCGCAAAGAAAUCUGCCCCGACGGCGGACAUCAUUAUUUGCGAACCGCCGUGGGAGUGAUUCUGAAAAAAGAGCUUCUGAUAACAGAAGUGACAUGAGCAGUCGAUCAGUUCCUAUCAAACAGGGGACUUUGUGGAAACGCAGCGAACGCUCUUUAAAUAAAGAGUGGAAGAAGAAGUAUGUGACGCUGUCAAACAACGGCAUGCUGAUGUAUCAUUCAAAUAUAAAUGAGUUUUUGCAGAACUCUCAAGGUAAAGAGAUGGACUUAUUGCGAGUUACAGUAAAGGUGCCAGGAAAGCGUCUUCAUCGUGCAGUUACUCCUGGCGGACCGUCCACUGGCCCUACUCUUGUCCCCGUGCCCGGUGUAAAUGGACUUAGUAAAGACAAGCAGUCUUCUGAAGGUGGUGCUACAUCAAAUCUUCUGACUGUAGAAGAGGCUUCCAGAUCCGGUUUGUCAUUUCAUAAUGAUCAAAAGGUGAAACGCUGCCCGUCAUCUGUGUCUAAUAAAGGUUUCGGUGUGGACUCAAGCAUUGAGGGGGCUACAAGUCCACCUUUAGGAAAAGACCACAUCCCGUCUUCUCCAAUGACUGACAGGAAGAAGAAAAAACGCAACAGAAGUAUUAACUUGAAAGGAGACGCAGCAGCUGGGCAGGCUGAGGCCAAGCGCAAAAUGUGGAAAUUAAAAAGCUUUGGUAGCUUGAGAAACAUUAACAAAACAGAAGAGGAGAGCGCAGACUUCAUCAUCAUAUCGAGCACAGGACAGAGCUGGCAUUUUGAAGCCCAAAGUCAAGAGGACAGGGACGCCUGGGUUCAGGCCAUCGAAAGCCAGAUCCUCGCAAGUCUACAGAGCUGUGAGAGCAGAAAUAAGGCUCGAAGGAACAGCCAAAGUGAAGCUGUUGCCCUGCAGGCCAUUCGAAAUGCCAAAGGGAACGACCUCUGUGUGGACUGUGGAGGGUCAAAUCCAACAUGGGCGAGUCUUAAUCUUGGUGCUCUAAUCUGCAUUGAGUGUUCGGGAAUACACCGGAACCUGGGGACCCACCUGUCCCGCGUGCGCUCACUAGACCUGGACGACUGGCCCAGUGAACUCACAAAAGUGCUUUCGGCUAUAGGUAACCAUAUGGCCAAUAGCAUUUGGGAGACCUGCACCCAGGGGCGCCAGAAGUUGACACCGGAGGCAACAAGAGAGCAGAGAGAGUCGUGGAUCCGUGCCAAAUAUGAACAGCGGGCAUUUGUGUCGCCCUUGCCCGCUCAGUGUUCAGAGGACACAAUGUCGACUUGGUUGCUUAAAGCAGUAAUCGACAGAGACCUUCCCAGACUUCUGCUGCUCCUCGCGCACAGCACCAAGGAAGUGAUCAACGUCCCGCCUGAAGGGGCAGCGCAGCAGCAUCACAGCGCAUUACAUGCGGCCUGCCAGCUGGGCGAUGUGGUCAUGACGCAGCUUCUGGUCUGGUACGGCAGUGAUGUGAAGUCAAAGGAUCCGCAAGGUAGAACCGCAUUGACGUUGGCGCGCCAAGCCGGCAGCAAAGAGUGUGCUGAGAUUCUCCUCCAACACGGCUGCCCCAACGAGACGUCGCCCACUUCCCCGACACCUGUUCUGUCCCGCAAAAGUAGCAUCACCAGUGUCGGACGUGUCAAUUCCAGGAGGAGGGUCUCGUAACCCAUGAACAUUCAUGAUCCUAUAAACAUUUUUCUCCAGGGCCAUUUUUAUUUCUUCAUACAGAGUUGUGUGUUCCGUGUGUCUGUGAAUUUCUGUCCCAGGAUAUCGCCAACAACGCUGUAUUUAUAUACUGUACGUACACCCUUGGAUUCCUCAGAAAAGGGAGAAAGUUAAGAAAAAAGAAGAAACUUAAUCGUCCAUAUUAGAACAGGCUUAGAAUGACAGCUACAAAAUUUCAACAUGCCUUUUUCAAAAAAUGGGAACUGUUUUAACAACUAUAAAGCAAUAUUAUUUAUAAUAUGCUGAUGAAUAUACUGUAAAAUAGAUGCAUUACAUGGUCAAAUGUAGCUUGAGAGUUUCCCAAAGCAAUCUGAGGGAAUGUAUUUACCGUUAUGACUGUCAUUACCAUUGUUCUUUGAAAUAGACAUCACGACUGAGGGUAAUGUAAUGUAAGAAUACAUUGUUUAUAUUCAGAAGAAAUAGUAUUUGUCAUUGUGCAUCAUUUCUAAAAACUAUAGACAAUAAACGCUGUUCUUCAAACUCU